AUGGGAAGCUCGCUUUCCUCAUGCGGAUGUACUGAUCGAUAUUGCUUCGAUCAAACUCAGUAUUCCAAUCCUUUAUCCUUCAGCAAUAUGAGUUCGAUUGCUUCGAUUCUCUUUGCUAAUUCGCAUAAACCUACUACUGAAAAUGAAAUUCACACGAUUAUUGCUUCGCAGAAUUGCCACUCGCUGAAAUUUUUUGCCGAAAUAUUCGAAUUGUCCAGCGAUCGAACAAACUGGAAAAUGCUUCAUCCGUCGUUAUUACAAAUAACAAUAAUAAAAUUAUCGCGAAAAUGUUGUUCGGUUCACUUAAUUGCUAAAUCCGAUGACACCAAUGUAUUACUCGAUCAAUUUAUUCAACCAUAUUCGAUUAAAUAA